AUGGUCGAAGAAUUGACUCCGACAGAGGAGCACUAUCUGAAGAGAGAGCUGCUGAAAUUCCAGUUGGAUAAAGAGCUAUCCGCUCUCAAUGACCAGUUUGCUUUGAGAAGAUUCGGGUAUCCAUUUUCCGCCGAAGAUCCAAAGCUAGGUACGCCCAAGACACCAAGGAAAGGGGGGUUGAUGUCCGUAAUGGCUUCCCCAGCAGAAACUAUAUCAAGAAAAUCAACUGAAAAUGAUACACUUGGGAAAACAGGCAACUUGACCUCACGAAAAAACCAAGAUGAAGGAACAGAUUUCCCAAUGUUGAGUUAUGUAUUGAGAGAGAUAAUAAUGCCAUUCCCUAUGUUUUCAAAGGAUAUUGCAAAGAACGAAGAGUUUUGGAAGUACAAAGUGCAAGUGUUCUUCGAACAUUUUAUGUCUCUUGGCUUCAGUAACAGCUAUGAUCGAGAAGAGGCAACGAAAAGGCGAAGAAUCUCAAAAAAGUUGGGUAAAACCGUAUUAUUACUUUUCAAUUCAGGGGUAGGUGUUUCUCAGGAGGUGAAAUACUAUAAUCAAGAUGCAUUCAUUUUAAAGCAGGACGAGAAAAAAAAGACCGCUGGAGUCGAGGAAUUUGCUAUUCCAACAAGAGAAAGCCUGCAAUAUCUCUAUACAAAUGAGCCAGUUUUCAUCAAUGGCUGGGAUAUAAAUAUAGUCGCUGUCGUUGACGAUUCUUCUCUUUUUGGAAGAAAAAGGCUUCCUUCUGAACCUAAACCUGCAGCGUUUAGUUCUAAAUGGGUCAAAAAUGCCUUCAGCAAGCCCGCGUCCCCUGCAGCUCUCUUUUCCAAAUUAGGCAUAACUGAUAGUCAUAAUACAAGUAAAGAUUCGAAAUAUCUACACUAUUAUAUUUUGAAGUUGAUAAAUGUUAACAAUCCAGAUAAGACAUUUUACACUGCAAAAAGCUACGAUGAUUUCAAGCAGCUCAAACGCUCUUUAAAAAAUGAGUUUCCAGGAAAGCAAAAUGCUCGAUUGCCUCGUCACACCAAAAAGAGUGCGGAAAUUGUCUCUCAGCCAAUUUCUUUCGACUACAGUCAGUCUCUAGCCACACCAAAAGAGAAAAUAAUCUCCGUGUUCCAGAAUGAUUCACCGGGUGCCUCUAUAGCUAGCUCGGACAGCAAACAAGAUUCGAAUUCUAAUGAUAGUGUUUCUUAUGAAAGUAGUGUUGUGAAGCGAGAAAAAGAAACAAGUGAUGAACUAGAUGAUGAAAGUUUCGAAGAAUUUCAUGAUGCUCAGGAAUCAAGAAGUAAUGGUCUCCUAUCUGAAAAAAUGAGAACAUCACUGAGGCAAUAUUUAAGAACUUUAUGUGGUGACAAGGAGAUCAGUUCAAGCUCGAGUCUUGCUGAUUUCUUUGGAGGGGAUACAAUCAGCCAAUCUUCUUUCAGUAAGGGAUUGAAAGAAGACAUCGAACGUAGAAAAGCCGUAGAUAUAACAAAUCUUGAGAAUCAAGUCCAAUUUCAAAAAUUAGCGCUAGAAAAGACAUUACAAUUGAGAGAAUCGAUGAAAGCACUCAAGACAUCAGUUUUAAAAGAUGAGAAAUAUUUAUUGAGUUUUAUUCAGGAACUUAAGGAAAAAACAAAAGUGGUGGAUUUGUCUCCCUUAUUAUUCAGUUUUGUUGAGUGGUGCAAGAUUUAUGUGUCUUCGACAAUUUACCAAGUAUUUCUUGGAAACGAUAGCGGAUACGAGUUUUUCACGCAGAUUAAAAGACUAAACAGAUUGGUGCCGUAUUCCGUAAUGGGACAAAUAAUGAGGUUUACGAAUCCAAUAGGUAUAAUGAAAGCAAUGAUGGAUUUAUUUAUGGCACAACCGUUUGGCAGUCAGUCUCUUUUACAAACCAUGUUUUCCACUGUGCUUUCUGAUGACUUAAAAUCUCAAGAGAAAGUAAUACAAGCGUUGGAGCAAAAAAUGCAGCAAGAGACUUCGUUGUCGUCUGAAGUCAUUAAAUGUCUAAAGGACUGUGUCUUCAAAAACGAAAAUGAUGAAAUAAUCAGUAUGGAGGCUGUACAUAAAGAAUCUGCUGAGACUACCGUACCAUUCUCGCUGGUUCUUCUAAUCAAAAACGGCGAGUUAGGGAACUUGUCUCAUGAGGCUGUUGGAGAAGUAAUCGAGUCAUAUUCUACAUGGAAAGCAAAGCAGAGCUCUUCAAGUGAUCUACCUUUUAUAGAGGAUCAAAUGGGUGACAGAUAUUUUUCUAACGUGAAGGAGCUUUUACAACUUUAUAUCAGGGAGAGGGAUAAGAAACUAAUGCGGAGACUGUGGCAGGAUCCUGAGUUAUCUCAACUGCUGAAAUCAAUGCUUACCCUAUUAUAUGAGCCUAUGGUCAAGAUUUUUAAAGUGGCUCGUGUUGAUAUCGCUUUGAAAAAUUUUGAAAGAUUUAUGAAUGACCUUAUAAAGCUAGUAUCAAAUGUAUUUGACGGAAGGUUAGGCACAUCUCUAAAAUUCAACGUUGUGGAAAGUAUUAAUGAUUUAGUAACAAAACAUCAGGACUCAUUCCUACUAUUUAUUCAUGAUGUUUAUCAAAAUGACACCGAAGGUAUAUUUGAAGGUUUCAUUACAUGGUUUGUGAAAAUUAUUAAGUUCUUACAGAAUAGUAAAUAUGGAACAGGUGAUCUAAGAAUCGACUUCAACAAGCUAUUUAAAGAAGCUGAAAUCAACGAAAAACUCUUAAUCGAUCAGCUAGAUAAUGUCAUUGAGAAAAAACAAGCUGCACGGCAAAUAUAUAAGAAAAUGUUAGACUCGCGGAUGAAAGAGCAAAAGGAUAGUAAACUCACUGCUGCCAAAGUUGUUGAAAAUAAUUGGAAAGAACUCAAUUCUCUUGUUAUGCCACCUGAAUCGAAUGCAUUCGGUUUACAAGAUGGAGAAAUAGUCGACCUGGAUCUAGAUGCAGCUGACUACGGACACCUUUUUGAAGAAGGCGACGACAAAGAAUUGGAAACGAAGUAUCAGAGUAUAUUAAAUAAGGAACUUGACGAAAGCGAAAUAGAAAAAUUCGGCGAGCUGGUAUUUGCGGAUGCUCUAGAGAAUUACCUCAACUCUCUUGUAUAA